CCCGCAUGUGCCCCAGUUACAUUAAGGGCUUGAAAGCAAAUGAUGCAGUUUUGUGCACCUGUUAACCUGUUAGCGGCACCUGAAAAUUCUUGGAUACUCAUUUGUUCCUCAGACGUACCUCGAUGCGGGCUCACUCUGUCCUCAGUACAAAGAGUGUGUCACCUGCUGGCAGAGUUUGUGUAACCUGAACACAAUAACACAACAGGACCCAGGACCAUCUCUCCUGAAAUAUGAUCCAUGUCUAGGAACCACACACCACGCAGCUUAGUUCACUUACCUCGAACCAAUGAGACGCAUUCACACCUUCAGUGCCAUGGUCCUCCUCGUCACUUUAUUUCUGAUCUUCUACUCGACCCUACACCUAGAGACGACCUACGGUCGCAGGGCUGGACCAGAGGCCCUCCUGAAGCAUCUUAGCCCCCAGGUCCACGACAGCGAUGUGAAGACACAAUCCCCCAAGCCUCAAAGCUUCACCAGACCUCACCCUGAUGUUCACAAUGUGUCUGUUUCCGAUGGCUUCAGACAGGCCAUUCCUCAAAACACAGCGUACUGGAACCGUCUGCUGUACUUGGCCCUUAGGAAUCUGGACAAGGGGGAGAACCCUCUCAGACAUGACUCCCAUUGGUAUCACUGCAGGGAGUCAAAUCUAGAGCUCCUGCAAACCAAUGUGCACGACUUCACCUCCUACCCUGUCUUAUUCCGGGACUUUCUGCAAGGCAUGAACUGCAGGUCCUCUCCAGUCUUGAUCAGUCAACCCAACAAGUGCGUCUCCGGUGAAGGGGAGGGAGCCAACCAGACCUUCCUGCUGUUUGCCAUCAAGUCAACUCCUGGGAACUUUGAGCGUAGACAGGUGGUGCGGGAGACCUGGGGCCUAGAGAGGGUGUAUCAGAGAGAACUGAGAGUGCGCACAGUGUUCCUCCUGGGUAACUCCGCGCCGGAUGACCCUGACCUCGGUCCACUGCUGUCCUUUGAAGCAAAGCACUUUGGGGACGUCUUGCAGUGGGAUUUUAGAGAAUCCCUUUUGAACCUGACGCUUAAAAUGAACAUGUUCCUCCAGUGGACCCUGAAACACUGUCCUGAUGUCUCCUUCAUUUUUAGCGGGGAUGAUGAUGUAUUUGUCAACACACCAGCAUUAGUCAGCUACCUGCAGUCUCUGAAGGCCUCUAAAGCAUCUCAGUUGUAUGUUGGACAUGUCAUAGGCUCAGCAAAUCCCCUCCGAGACCCCAACAGCAAAUACUACAUUCCUCUGAGCUUCUACGAAGGCCCAUACCCUGCCUAUGCUGGUGGAGGCGGUUUUCUUAUCUCUGGAGUUUUGCUGCAACCCUUAUAUUCAGUUUCACACGUCAUUCCUUUCUUCCCCAUCGAUGAUGUCUACACUGGGAUGUGUGCCAAGGCUCUGGGAGUUUCUCCUGAGGCACACAUGGGUUUUCAGACCUUUGACGUCAAGGAGCAGGAUCGUGAGAAUCUGUGUGUUCACAAAGAUCUUAUUCUGAUUCACCAGCGCUCUCCAACACAGACCAAGAAGCUGUGGAAGGGCAUUCACAGCCCCUUACUGACUUGUUGAACUGGACUGGUGAGCAAGAUGCAGAUAUGAAAGGGAGUGAAAGAUAACCCACAGCCUUAUCUGCUUCUAUUAUUGUACCUUACACAGGAUGAUGCAGCAGGAAAAAAUUCUUCUAAGUGAUGUUUUAUACCCUCUGUUGUUGACAUCUUGUACACACCAGAAAAUCACAUGAGAAAAUGCAGAGCAGUUUUGUCACAAAAUUAGAAUAGAGUUUCAUUUUUAACAGGUCUUGAUGUCAUGGGAGGACAUUUGCAUAUUUUAAAUGCUAAAGAAGCAUUCAGCAUUUAUGGUGGGUCAUUUGUCAAGAUAUUCUAAUGUCAAGUUGAUCGCUGCUUAGAUGUGUCAUUAACCGAAUUUCAGAAUUCCUACAGAGUUUAAAUAAAAAUAAAACCAAAUCCAAUCAACCAAGACAACUGAAAGUUCAUAGUUUAUUUUCCACAAAACACCAAACAUGUAACAUGAGCUAGAUGGGUGCACAGUUCUGGGAUUUAGUGUAGUGUCUGACAGCAUUACAGCAUACAAACCCAUCUAAAAUUUGGGUGUGUACACUAAAAACCAUUAAAACAAGUUCUUUAAUAUGUUAAAGGUAAAUCAGUCACCUCAGUGAUACACAAGGAAACCUGCUAAAUACCAUAGUCACUGCAGAAGACAGUUACAGGAGAAGGAACAUACAUAACAGGGGUAAACUUCCACUGUUUAUUGUUCAAUUUGUUUAGUUGUUUUAUAUGCAAAAUGCAUUCAUAAUGUACCAGCUGUUGUUUUGGGUUUUUUUUGCUGCACUAAAAGAACCGUGCUGUGUAACAAAAGUGUGAUUCAGCAUUUAUAGAAGAGCUGUACUACUGACAGUAAAUCUAUCAACUUAAGGCACCAAACCCAGAGGUGUGAAGCACAAUCUUUUCUCCUCUCCCUUUGUUGUGCAGAAAGAAA